AUGGCGACUAAUCUAUCUUUAUCCUCUGACCAAAGCAUCUCAAUUGGUACUCCUACUAGGGAUAUGUCUUCUAAGGAGACGACCAUCUACAACGACCAAUUCAAUAAACUCGUUAAGACCCUCACCCAUGAUGCAUUGAUAAUCGCCGAGAAGAAUUUCUUGAUCAGAGCCACCGAGACCGAGGAAUCGGAGGUUAAAGACUAUCUGUUAUGUAAGAUCACUUCAAAUGGACCAUACAGAAAGCAUUUGGGAUCUUUCCUAUCAAAUGCUUUUGAAGGUGUUAAUAGGCAUUAUGGAAAUGAUCGCGAAGACGAACGAAUGAAAGCUUUAAGCAAUCUUGAUUUUAGCGUCUAUGCGAGUCAUUUGACUGGUAUCAGGAAUAUAAAUGCGGAUUCGUCUCGGAGGUAUAUCGAGAUAUAUGCCGUUGCCUCGAUAAAGGGCAGGCUACCCAUAUCUCCAAACAAGCUUUCGAUGAAGCUUCAUGGCAAAUUGGAGUGGGCCAAAUCCCAUACACCUUCCCAUCUCCGCUGA